AUUUUCGUUAGAAUUUCUCAGGCAUGGUAUGAAAAAUAUAAUACACAAUAAGUUAUGUACUUUAUAUAAAAAAACCCCGAAAAUAAUGUUAAACCAUGCUUUGCCCAGCAAAGUUGGAACAUUCGUGCAAUUGCGAUGGGUCAGUCAACAAAUUGCGCGUAGAAAAGAAAACAGGAAUACAAACCGUAUAUCUUUGAACGUGAUAAGCGAUGUAGCUGCCGACAAUCUAAUUGCUCCUUUGUUGUGUGUUACCCUUGACGAUAGAAAGUAUCUAAUUGGAAAUAUGGGGGAAUUGAUGCAACUGAAGUUUCGAAACCAUCCACUUAAUUAUGGCGGGAAAAUAUUACGAUCGUUCAUGAUGCCUGGAAGUGGCCGAAACUACAAUCCAUGGAGCGCUACAGCCGGUCUUCUAGGGUACGUUCAGUCCAGCGAAAUUGAUACCGUGUUGGAUAUGCACGCUCCUUCUGGUAUAGCCUCACUUAUAGCCAAUUCCAAGAAUUUAACUUCAGGCAGUAGCUUGAAGUUAAACGUUAUACCAUUUCAAAAUAAGAUUUCGGAAGAUCAUGAAAGCUUUGAGUUUCGUGAAAAGAACUUUUGCACGAUAAAGGGAGAAAUUUUCCCUUUGUGGUCAUACUUGUCCUUCAUGACUGUGCCAAUCCACGGCACUUUUGAUGCCGUGAAGGCAAAGCUCUUAGGUGUACCUUUUGGGAAAGCUAAUGGCUUGCUUUGUCAAGGGCAAUCGGUCUUAGCUAGUGACAACAAAACAUUAGUACGUCCUGAACAGGUAGUGGGUCCUACUAAACCGGGACAAAAGUUUGUCGUUCUUGGUUGUGGUAGUCGUACGGCCAUCAACGAUCUUCUGCAUUAUGUAAAUACUUGGGAGCAAGAUUUUCCUUCUUGUAUUAUCCAUGUACUUGAUAAAGGGGUUUGGGGUAACGAUUAUGCAAAGUUUUUGGAGCACCCAAAAAUUCAAAAUAUCAAGCAUAUUAUUUCGUGUGUUGAACUUGGAAAGGAUUUGCCAACAUUUAAAAGAAGCAAAUCUGUUAAUGUGCUUCCUAGUUGUCGUGGAUUCUUGUCAGAUGAUCUGUCAACUACUUGCAAUCUUCCUGAUAAUGUCCUGAAACUGGAAGAAGGCUUAAGUUUGGAGUUGUCAAACCAAGAGUGUUUGGUUAAGAGUGAGAAUAAGGAGAAUACUAAGGUUGAACCUCGAUUAUCUAAUUCAUUACCGGAGUCUUCUAAAGGUUAUGUGGUGGAUAUUUUGGGGACGAGUGCAACAUCUCCAACAAUGUAUCGAAGUUUGAGCUGCUAUUUGGUAAAUGUGGAUAAUAAUAUUGUUUUACUAGACUGCGGUGAAGGAUCUUAUUCUCAGCUGAUACGGCAAUAUGGAACAAACCUUGAUUCUGUAUGGAGACAACUCCGUUUAAUUUUUGUUUCCCAUAUGCAUGCUGAUCACUGGCUUGGACUUGUGAAUAUUCUCUUAACCUGGAAUAAUAGUACUCGUAGUUCUGACUCUAAACUAACUGUUGUUUGUCCCCGAUCGCUCCGCUUCUGGCUGUCGAGGGUCAGUGAAUCUGCUAGACUUUCUCAGAUAAUAAAACGUCUUCACUUUGUAGAUGCUUCUACUGUGGGCAUAGGAAACGAAUAUUGUUUGUCAGAAAAUCUAUCUUUAUAUACGGUUCCUUCUAUUCAUAUAGCUGAUUCCCACUCUGUUGUUUUGUCCCAUAAAAGUAGCGGGAAACUGGUCUACAGUUCGGAUACCCGUCCAAAUAUGAAGUUAGCAAGGGCAGGAAAGAAUGCAACCGUUUUGUUGCAUGAAGCCACAUUCGAAGAUGAUUUACGUGAUGAAGCUGUCAAUAGAUACCAUUCGACCAUUUCUGAAGCAUUGAUGAUUGCAAAGAAAAUGCAAGCAAAACAACUAAUAUUAACGCACUUUAGUACUCGUUCUACGGACAAUUCUUCUAAUGGACCGAAUUGGUCUAUUUAUCCCAAGCAUAAGACAAUUCAUGCUCGAGAUGGGAUGCGUUGGACACAAUCUACAUUCCGAUCUGAUAAAAAAAAUUCGUGAGACAAAAACCAUGACGGUAAAAUUUCUUUAACGGUUUUACUCGUGUUUGCUAAGAUUGAGCUGUUUUACAGUCACUGGUUUGCUGCACUUAUAGUAUGACACAUGAAUGAUGCUAGACUGAACAUAGCUUGACUUUCUUUUGUAAAAGCUCAGGAGGGAGAAGAUCACUGUUUUUUACCGUACGAUUACAGCAAUGUUUUUACGUUCAUAAUAUAUCACCAAAAGAUUAAACUUAUGAAGAUGUUUAUAAUACUUUUGACAUGCUAUGCUAAAAUACGGAUACGAUGAAAAAUAGAACCAAAAAAUAUACUUAGCAAGACUUUGCGAAUUACCUGCUUAGUAGUAAGUAGCCUCAUACAAUGAAUAGAGAAAUAAAAAAAAAUAAAAUAAAAGUAUUCUUAUGACUAUAAAAUAGGGGAAAAUCAAUGAAUUAAUUG